AUGCCAGGUAAAUAUGUUCCAUAUCUGAAAGAUGAAAUGGAAGUACCUUUAACUCCACCAUGCAGACAACAAAUAUCAUGGACUGAUUUUCUGUGCACAGAACUUCAAGGAGAACCUAUUUCUCUUUCCUGUAACAGUAUUUUGAUUACAGAGCCCUCUAGGGAAUACUUAGAAUCUUUGGUAUGGCAAUCAGAGAAGUAUCGGGAUAAUAUGAACUCUUUUUUGAUUGUCGAACAUCAGACUGUUAAACUUGCAUAUGAGCGUCAUUCGCUUAUAGAACUGCAGGAAAUGCUUCCAGUCAAGGUAGAAGCACCAGUGCUUACCUCACUAGAGGAGGGCUGGUGGCUUCGUUUGGGUUUAAAUCCAGCCUGCUUAGAAACUCUGGAGCAAUUAAAAAUGGAUUCCAGUAACGCAGAGAGUCUGCUUCCUACAGAAGUAGAUGUAUUCACAAAACUUCAGUCAUAUGAGUUAGAAAGUUGUCUUGAAGAGAGGAAUUCUGUGACAAACCAGGAACUGCUUUCUGCUAAGAGACAUCAGUCGGACAAAGUAAUUGAUCUUUGCUUGUCACCGCAGACUCAAAGGCAGUACUUUGCCCUGCAUACGCGUGCUGCAUCAUCUGCCAAAAUUCACAGUACAAACACAUCUGUGGAAAAGCAUACCGCAGGAAGCAUAAAAAAGAAUAAGGUAGAAGAGGCAAUUCAUUUCUUAAACCAAGAAAAGAAACCCCCCAAAUCUUCUGAAUCAGUCAGCUGUAAAGACGUGUCUUCUAAACAAGACAACUCAUCCAGGAGUCAAAACCCUGCAUCAUUUGGACUUGCCACAAAAUGGGACGAUGAUUCUGAUCUGAGCAACUUCAUCAUGCUGAGAUCUAAACGUACACUCACCCAGAGAGAGGAAAAAACUGAUGUAGAUAGUCCUGAAAAAAUGCUGCAGCCUGAAGAAUCAUAUACACAUGCUCACAAAGAGGAGAGUUCUGCAUGUGACACUGUAAGAACUGAGAAGAAAGAACAAGAGAAUGAGGAUGGUGUCACAGUUGAUAUUCAAGCAUCAGAAAGCCAGUGCCAGGCAUACUGCCUCUUGGAUGAAGCAGCUAUGCCUGUUCUAAAAGAGUUGACACGUCUGGGUGUACUUCCUUCUGUAAAAUGGAGCUUUGACAGCAUUAAAUUUGAUCACACGAGGUUUUUCUUAAAACAGCAAGAGAAAGUGACAUGCGAUCGUUUUAAAGAAGGUAAAGUCGAUGAGGAGGAGAUCAUGCUGUUCAGACAUGCUGCUCUGGUGCACCUGCUGGUCACAGUUCGAGAUCUUCUAUUAACGUGUGGCUUGGACACAGCACUAGGAUAUUUGUCCAAGGCAAAGGAUAUCUAUAAAAACAUUUUAGAAUCCUGUUUGAAUAACAUCUGGAGGCAAUUGAAGAUUGUACAGUACAGCAGCCAGAAAAAGCAUGAAACAAAUCCCAAAAUAGCAGAGCUUCAGCAUCAGAUGUUAAAUUGGAUGCAAAGUUACGGAGAGGAACACAGUGUUAUGUCCUGACUGUUUGGAAUGGAAUUUAUGGUGCUGAACACACAGUCUAAAAAGACGAAUCUUCAAGCUUACUUCCAUUUAUUUUAA